GGCUAUUUUUAGGAUGGCGUCGACGCGGCUUAAUCAUGACAAUCGACCGCCCGUGGACGUGAUCAAUGACAUGAUGUUGUACCAAGGGGGAAGCGGAGGUCGGUGUACGUUUGCCUGUCAAGCAAGCUAUAACCAAAGCCUGGUUCCGUCGACUCGCCCGCCUCGUUCGUAUCCGUCCAGCGCCGCCUCUCGUCUCCCAGACGACCCCACUAUCUUUCGCACGACAUUCAAAACGCCGCUACAGUUGGACCUUAAGAUCGAAUCCGCGUCCAAAAACGUGGCUGGACAGGGCCCCUACGCCCCCCCGAGCUCCCACGACUUUCGCCCGACGGGGGGUCUUAACAUCACUGACGAUGACUUCCGAGCCAAAUUCACGCUCCCGUCCACCCAAGACGUCCGCUGCCAGAUUGCACAAAACCAAGAAGGGUAUCUGAAGGGGGCGUCGUUGAAAAAUAUCACGUGUGAUCGAUACGACCCCCGCGAAGAUGGCAAACCGGCUUUUCGCUUGCAACUGCCCCAUACGUCGAGCAAGACGGGCAACCUCAACUUGCGAUUGCAAGUGACUCUCGAUCAAGCUGGGCUGUUUCAAGGCGGGCAAAGUAUCCGCGACCAUCAGUAUCGCCACACACAUGACGUCAACGUGGCGGUAACGUUAUGGGGUCCAUAAAUGUAUCAUUGAGACCUACUAUGAGUGGACUGCGAUAGAGUGGCAUCGACGACGCCCCACGGUUCGAGCUCGAGUUCAAACCCUCAGGCAAAGGCUACGGCUGCGUCGAUAUAGGGACAAAGCAGAGACCACAGGACAUCACCAAGUGACAAGCAUUCUGUGGUUAUAUUGCUGUUAGCUAGACUUGAGAGAGUCCAAGGCCUAUGCGCGUGGUUUCGAUAACAAGGAUGAACACGACUUCAGUAAAUUUACAGGUAGUACCAGUAAAUUGAAUUAUCA